AUGGUCGAGGAAGCCGUCUACUUCGGCGUUCAAGCGGCUUUCAACCAAGCAUCUCCGUUGCAACCCGACGCCGGCAGCAGCAAAGCGACGGCCCAAACUGCGAUCGAUGAGUUGGCCAUGGACGCUGCGGUGGAGCCAGAGAUGGGCCCAACGCUGGGAACGACCGUCGAGGUGCCGCCGACCACAGACGCCACCGAGCCAAUGAGAGCGCCGUCGGUGGUCUGGACGUCGUGGGACGCGCCGAUCUACGACUCGGUCGCCAAACUACUUACCUUUGUGGCGUGUUUUUCGCUGCCAAUUGCCUCAGUACCGCAAGUGGCCCGCGCGGCGCCGGCCUUGCCAUUGCUCUCGUUGCCACCGACACCGCGGGACGCGCCCGACGAAAGGGACCACGCUCGCGACGUUGCAACGUCUCGUUUGGCCGGCAACCUCGUGCGUUCGUGGCUGCAUGCGGCAAUCUACGAGCCAAAGAGUGCUAGAAUAGAAACUGUCGUCGACGCCGCCGUCGACAAGGAGGUUGAGCGUCUAUCGCAUUUGGAGGCGACCCCCUCGGACGUCAAGACGGUCUUGAAUCUGAAUACAGACGCAUCGACGGAAGCUGUGAGGUCGAUCGCCACACAGCAUGUCCACGCGUGGGUUACCGAUGCAGCCUUGUCGGUUGCGACCACGACAGUGGCUACCAUUGCUCAUGCCACCGUCGCGUCACAGCACGUGCCGGCGUCCGACGCUGCAAAGGCUGUUGCCGGCGGCGCUGGUAUGCCCAAGGGGUCGUUCGCGACGCUGCAAUACCUCGAUGACGUGGCAUCUCUGGCGGCGACGGUCGCCCAAAGCUGCAUCGAUGCCGCGUGCCGCGUUCUCUGCGCGCCGUUGCCGUCUGUCGCCAAGUACAGCGACGAGCCCGAGCCCGAGGCAUGCGCGACCGAGUCCACUCCGUUCACCGAGACCAAAGCCGAGAUCUCUGGCACGUGCCCGACCGCCCUUGCAGCCACACGCGCUGUCGACGCUUGGGUGCAAGCUGCGCUGGUGACAUGCAGUGCUGCUACCCAACCGGGUAAAGGCUCGUGUAAGACGCCGUCGAUGAACGCCGACGAGCGGGCCGACGCGGACCCGAUGCCAACGAAACCAUGUAUUGCGGACGUGGACGAUCUCGUGAGCGUUGCCCGUCAAUUUGCCCGCGCUGCAACAUUCGACGCUGUCGCGAUGCUUGCAGCUGGUCUUCCAAGUCCAUCGCUAGCGACCAACACCAAGUCCAAGGAGACGUUGGUGGUGGCGGCCGGUACCGCCACGGACGCUGCAUCUGUGACGCAAGCAAAUAACCAUCUCACCAUCACCGAGAUCCAGCUGGACGCGUUGCGGCUGGAUAUGGCGUCGCAGCUUGUGCACUCAUGGACAGACGCUGUUGUGCGAGCCAUGACCACCCAACGCGACUCUGCGCUGACUUCAAUCGUGGGCAUCGAGACGGCGUCGGAACAACCGCCGGUCGUGUCGGUCGUCGACCCGCCUGGCCUUGACGCGUGUCCGUCGCUACCGCCAAUGGACGAAGACGACAGUAUGCGCUCGCAGGUCGCCGUUUCGAUCCUCGCCGGCCACCUCGUGCGCGCGUGGCUGUCCGAGAUGAUGGAAGAAGUUGCUUGGUUUACAUGCCGCUCGCAUGAACACGACGCUACCACCGCUGCGACAUUGGAGGAUGUCCCUUCGUCGUCACUUAAUAACGUUGCUUCGUCGCCUCAGCCCGAAGAGACGGUAGAUGCUCCGACACCACUGUCUGCGCUGGCAACGAUCGACGCCAGCGAAGUCGAUGCUCUCGAUAUGGCGGCUCACGACGAAGAGGUUGCCGUGGCCUUUGUUGCCAGCCGGCUCGUGCGUGUGUGGCUCUACGAGACCUGUGAUGUCAUUGCGGAACGCACUCUGGCGUCUACUGCUGCAUAUCUAGCUCCGCUGGAAGUUUGCGAUGAUGAUGCUCCGGUCGCUGUCUUGCAGUCGUCCGAAGACAAGCCACCUGAGGGCGGCCUCGUCAACGUCGCCGUGUCCGUCUUGGCUGGUCAAGUCGUGCGCGGAUGGUUGUACGAGACCAUGGAUGAGGUCGCUCAACAAAUCUCAGCACGACGCACCGAGCGUUUGACAGUCGCAACAGAUGUCAUUGUCACACCGACGCCCUCGUCAGCGGCCGCGACCGCCAAGGAAGAUUGCCGCGCUGCAGACGAGCCUUUGUCCGACGACGAGGCACAGAACGACGAUCUCGUCAACGUGACAGUCUCGAUCCUUGCCGGACAACUUGUCCGUGUUUGGCUGUUUGAGACGAUGGACAAAGUUGUGCAGUUUUCAGCACGACGCCACGAGCAUGCUGCGGACGCUGCAGCAUGCGCUGUAGCCGAAGCUCCUACGCCACCUGUGGUCGGUGAUGACGCGCGACCUACGCUAUCCGUGACACCCGUAGUCGUUGACGAGGCGGAGACAAGCGACGACACGAGUGUAGCCGCCUCGAUCCUCGCAGGCGUGCUCGUGAGUGCGUGGGUCUACGAGGCUAUGGACAACAUUAUCGUCCAGCGCUCGGCCAAGCUAAGCGAGCCCCAAACCAAGAAGCCACAAGACGAGCUUUCGCGACUGUCUACCGAGACGGAGAUGGCAGCCAUCGAGGUGCCUCCAAGCAGUGUCAAGACGGCCGACAUGGAGUCUGACGACAUCAGUGACGCAUGUCGCAUCGUCGCAACGUCAGUGAUGGCCGGACGACUCGUUCGCAUCUGGGUCUACGAUGUGAUGGACAACAUUGUCCAACGAGCAACGCAACAGCUUGCGUCACCACAUGAUGUCGUUGACGACGCUCCGCUCGCAUCCUUUGUCGCAGUGUCUAUGCGCGAGAACCCGGACGACAACUCGUCCGAAGAAUCUCAGGACGGCACGGUAGCCAUGUCCAUCUUGGCCGGACAGCUGGUGCGCGCGUGGACCUACACCGUAAUGGACGAGAUCGUCCAGUUGACAGCGCGCCGCCACGAGCUCACAGCGGGUGCGACGUCGAGUGCUAUCGCCGACACCGUCAUUGCCGAGACCACCAAUAUCAUGAACGAAACACUCCAACGGGUGCCGAGCAAAGUCGAAGAAGCCAGAGCAAUCGAGCCGAGCGCAAGCGAGAUGGACGAGAUCAAUCGCGCUGUCGUUGCCUCGAUGCUCUCGGGGCAACUCGUGCGUGGGUGGUUGUAUGAAGCCAGUGUGAGCUGCGUUGCAAAGCAGCUCGUCCUCAAUGCCAGCGCGACGCCGCCCUCAUUGAUCGACGUCGUCGACGCUUUGCCAGUCGUCCGGACGCAUCCAACUCAAGGACUGUACGCCAACGUGGCCAGCCACUUUGGCUUUGCCGCGUGGCAGGCCGUUCUGCCCUUGACAGCAAGUGCAGACAACCUGUCUGGUAUCGACGAUGGUCGCGACAGCGAAGCACCUCCCUCAAUGCCGCUCGACGACGCCCUGGCCGGCGCUGCUCCUGUGGAUGGCGUCCCGAGCAUGUCCGAGCUCCAGCGCUUGCCAGUCGACGUUUUUGAGCCGCUGCCGGCGUCCAAGUUGCCAGAUGUCGUCAAGACGACGCCUACUGCACCACUCUGGCGCGUGGACUCGGAGCUCUCUUUGCCCAUUGAUGACGCCAUCGCCGCUUCUCUAGUUGCGGGGCAACUCGUGCGUGUUUGGCUACACGAAGCCGUGUCCUCGGUGGCUACGUCUGCUUGCGAGCCGUCGCAGAGCACCUCGCUCAUCGAUGACGCAUCAGCCGUGUCGGUCAACGAGAACGCCCCACUAACAGCAAAGCGUCCCGACACCCCCGAGUCUCACGAAGCGAGCAGCUCCUCUGCAGUCGAUCCGACCUUGUGUGCGCUUCUAUCCCGGCACCUCUUGUCUGCGUGGCUAACAGAGUCGAUGGAAGUUACCGCAGCCGAUGCUGUCCACGCGGCCAAGGUAGUCUCAGCGACGUACGACCAAGCCCAAGGAGACUCACCACCGGUCGUGCCCUCAGUGGCCCUUCCUGCGUCAGUACCCGUUCCCCCGGCACCCCCCGCGACGGUGACGACGCCUCACACGGCACUUGUCAAGACGGAGCAAACCGUGGCGACCACGCUCGUGCACCAAUGGCUGGUCGACGCGCUGGCCAAGGUUGCUGUCGACGACGCAACGCUCGAGAGUUCCGACUCGGAGGCGACCACGUCCUAUGUCUCGUCGUCGGAUAGCCGCUCAAGCCUUUCAAGCUACUCGUCCGCGUCGACGUCAAGCUACGGGUCGUCGUCACUGAGCUCAUCCAAAACGUCGAGUGUGUCGGAUCUCCAUGCCUCCUCAAUCACGUCAUCUGCCACCUCGCUCUCGCAGCUCGACCCGCUCGACGACGCAAGUUAA